UAACUGCUACCUUUACUCUUUUUUUCCCCUCCCCUUCUUCCCUUCUACUUUGCGCCGCUCAUCCUCCUCAUCUUCAAGCCACCAUGGUGAACAGAUAACCGCCCGACUGUCCUGAGACCAUGGGUGCCUGCCUCUGCAAAGGUCACAAAGAGCUCCACCUUCCCAUGACAGCACUGCAGGACCAGACCGAGGAGGGUCAGGCAUCCACUGUCAAGGGUGGUCAGAAUCCCUCCAAUGGAAAUGUGCCAGAUAAAACCAACGGCUAUGACAUCGGCGAGCUGGCCACGUCCUCUUUGAUGGGUCUGGUGGCCACGAUAAAGGAGCAUAUCACCAAGCCGACAGCAAUGGCCCAGGGACGCGUUGCUCACCUGAUUGAGUGGAAGGGUUGGGGUGGAGGCGGCGAGGCUGGCGGACGUGGGGGCGGUUGGAGCGGGGCCUGCGGUAAAGCAGGAGGAGGCUGGGGGGGGGUGGGGGCCGAACUGCAGGAGGAUGAACAGUUCUACUCCCAAAUGACGGACGAGAUCAAGGAAGCUCGCUUUGCUGCAGGAGUAGCAGAGCAGUUUGCACUGGCUGAGGCGGCCAUGAGUGUGUGGUCGAUGAGCGAUAACACAGAGCAGCCCUCCACCAGCAUACAAGCAGCACAGAGCCACUUCUUGUCUCAGUUCCUGCUGGAUGGUGGCAGCGUCGGCAUUCCCCAGCACUUGUACAGCAUCCACGCCCAGACUUAUGGGAACAACAGGGCGGCCAACCUGGUCCCUCUGCCACCGGCCAACUCCAUUUCCCCAGCGUCAACCACUCAGCAGGACCGAGAUCAUCCCUUCGAGGACAGAAGCAGUGUGACUGCGGAGGCCGCUGUCCGACACGUAGACAGCAGCUCGUUAUCCGAGGAUGAUGUUUUUUAUAACUAGGCUUAAUGGGAAAACAAGCCAGAAAUCUUGAUGGAUAUUUACAAAAUGAUCAUCACUGAGAUGAUCACCCUUGAGUCUCAACCACCAGCAAUGACAAAAUAUAGCCGAAGACAUCAGUGAGAUUUCUCAAGAGAAAAUUUCUCAAAUAGUUGGUCUGGAAGGGUUU